ACCUAAUUGUUAGAUUUCCAUUAAUGUAAUGUUACCUAAUGUAAUGUAUAAUGCAGACGUUUCCAUAAUGUUCGUAAGAUGAAAGAUCUUGGAAAAUCUGUUGUUUGGGCGAAACCACCCAAAGUAUUAACUCAGUUGGCUGAACAUAUGAAGUUAAUGCAUGCAAGAUGGAGAGCUGGGCACAUUGUUAAGUCUAUUCCACACGACCAGUGGCCUCUCAUCCAAUUAAAAUGUGCCGCUUAUGAUGCUUUACAUGGAAAGCGAUCUAAUUGGUUAAGACAAGGAAAGUGGGAGGGGAACUACCUUGCUUCGAUGUCGGAUAAUGCAGCGCAAGCUUCUACUUUCCAAUCUGUGUCAAAUAACAUUAAAGCAAAACAUCAUUUCAACAAAGUUGUCUUCUCUGCUCAUAUCAGGAAAAUGAACAAGAACAACAAAUCUGAGGACAGAGCGUUGUUGGUCACGGAUAAAUUGAUAUUCAAACUUGACCCAAAGAAAGGUUAUAAACCAAUGACAUCGGGUGUUUUGCUGAGGAAGGUGACGGGAUUAAGCGUGUCAUCUUCAUCCAACCAACUUCUCGUCAUCCACCUGGAUGGUCACGAUGACUUGGUAACUUGCAUUCACAAAACUAAUCCUCCCAACCAAGAUCGUGUUCCUGAAGCUAUCGGAUCUAUCAUGCGUGUUAUUAAGCUCGAGCAAAACCGAGAUAUUUUGGUGAAUGUUGGUAAAUCUAUUCAAGUGAAACUUGGUGGGAAAACUAAAACCAUCUCAUUCGAUGAAACAAAUGGAGCAACUUCAAACUUCAGGAAGGUUUCAAACACAAGCAUCAUGCUUACUACUUCCACCACAUGAACUAUUACUGUUUCAAGAUAAUAAGUGUUAACAGGGUUUGAUUUUUAACAGGGCUCAAUUUCUCUGACCUGAAAGCCCAAUGAAAAAGGCAGUAGUUCUAAAACACUUUAAGCCCAGAUUGCAUUAAAUUUUAUUGCCUUGUUAUCUUAAUUAACUUAUAUUUUGGUGAGUGGUUUUAGAAUUCCAGCCCAAGAUGUAAUCAUUAAAAAUGCUCGUUGUAAUUAUUUGAGCAAAUGCUUGUGAAUAUUAAUCUGCACUUAAUUAUUAUGCUAAGUAUUAUAAAUCACAAUGCCAAGUGUUUUACUGUUUUGAAAGAAAGAAUGUAAACACCAAAGUUUCUCUGCAUUUGCAGCAGUUUAUUAACAAUGUAUUUUGUAUUUGCAUCACAAUGUAGUUUUAUUUUAUGUACGCACCAUCAUUUUAAUUUAUGACACAGCAUUUUACAAAAGAUACAGUAGAAAGUUUUUGUUUAUGUCAAAUGAAAUGAAAAUCAAUGCAGUAUAAUUUACAUACAGUCCAGUAAAUAUUGUAUAAAAUGUAUUAUUUUAUUGAGUAAUUAUUUAAAAUAUUGUGUUACUAAAUUUUGUUAAAAUAUUUGCUAAUUUAAGAUUAGAAUCAAUUUUGUAUUUAAUGUAACUUUGCUUUAUUCAAGGGAUGCCAAAGUUAUGCAGGUUUUAAUAAACAAACUACGCUUUAA